GUGAUCACUGCAGUCACGUGACUGCUGUGAUGUCAGAGUGUCCUUUAGAGGGAUAGAAUCUAGCCGCUACCGUGGGAGCACAGGAGGUUCUUUCCAGAAUGAAGGACUCUCUGACCCUGCUGUCUCGGGUUAAUGGCCACCCUGACUCCCGCUGCUGGUUUGUGGCAUGGAAUCCCUCAGGGACACUACUUGCUUCCUGUGGAGGGGAUCGUACUAUCCGGAUAUGGGGCAUGGAAGGAGACACAUGGGUUUGUAAGUCAGUCCUCGGCGAAGGACAUCAACGUACAGUACGUAAAGUAGCCUGGUCACCCUGCGGAAAUUACCUGGCAUCUGCCAGCUUUGAUGCCACAACUUGCAUUUGGAUGAAGAAAGAUGGAGAUUUUGAAUGUGUCACUACCUUGGAGGGACAUGAGAAUGAAGUGAAAUCUGUAGCUUGGGCACCUUCUGGAAGCCUUUUGGCAACCUGCAGCCGUGACAAAAGUGUUUGGGUGUGGGAAGUGGAUGAAGAGGAAGAGUAUGAGUGUGUCAGUGUGCUCAACUCACACACACAAGAUGUGAAGCAUGUUGUGUGGCACCCCAAUCAGGAGCUUUUAGCAUCUGCCAGUUAUGAUGACACAGUGAAGCUGUACCGUGAGGAGGAAGAUGAUUGGGUGUGCUGUGCCACCCUGGAGGGUCACACAUCCACCGUCUGGAGCCUUUCAUUUGACCAGAGUGGGGAUCAGCUGGCAACCAGCAGUGAUGACAAGACCGUGCGCAUCUGGAGGCAGCAGAAAGACGGCGAAGAACAAGGGGGUAGUAAUAAAAGUGAUCCCAACUGGAAAUGCGUAUGCACACUGACAGGAUACCACACCAGGACCAUUUAUGACGUGAACUGGAGCCACCUCACAGGUUCCAUUGCUACUGCUGCCUGCGGAGAUGAUGCAAUCAGGAUUUUUGAGGAAGACUCUGGCUCUGACCCUUUGCAGCCCAUAUUCUCUUUGACAGCUCACAUGCCUCAUGCCCACUCUCAAGAUGUUAAUUGUGUAGCAUGGGCAUCCUAAACAACCCGGGCUGUUGGCAUCAUGCAGUGAUGAUGGAGAAAUGGCAUUCUGGCAGUACCAGCGUCCAGAGUAACACUUCCCUUCUUCGGGUUAACAAUAGAUUAUCUAUAUAUAAUAUUGUCUAUGUAUAAAAUAUGUAAUCCCAGAUAUCAAUUUAACAUGGAAUUUGUGAGCUUCAAUUUAAAUAGAUUAUAUCCUGAGAUUCUAUGUAUUUAGAAUUUGAGUUAUCUAAAUGUAAAACUAAAAUAACAAACCAUGCAUUUUAAAGCAAAACAGGUAAAAAAUAAAAUAAAAUGUAAAAACAUGAUCAAUUUUUCUUCA